UAUUCAGUUUUUUUUUUUUUUUGUUCUCUCUCUCUCUCUGUGUCUCUCUCUCUCUCUCAGAGCUGCGAAAAUGGAAGGCGCGAAGAUGCUGGCCGUUGCAUUGAUGAUUGCGGUGCUCGUAGCGGUUUCGAACGUCGCCGGCGUGGCUGCCGCCGAUGCUCCGGCUCCCUCCCCUACCUCCGACGCGGCGGCGUUCGCGCCUGCUGUGCUGGCUCCUCUGGUUGCUAUGGUUUGGGCUUUUUUCUACUGAAGAAUUUUAUGUACACGUAAAUUCGUAUUCUGCCUGUUUAUUGUUGAUUAUAUAAUACCUAAUUUGUUGUUAAUCUAUUGUUUCUGAUUGUAUUAUUGCUUUUAUUAAUUUUGUGAUGCUGUUAUUUUUGGAGUAGAAUGUUAUGAUUAUCAUUACGUUGA